GAAAUCUGCCACUGUAAGUGACUUCAACAACGACCUCUUCUGUAGCAUCAUGAAGACGACCUGCAUCUGCCUGGCUCUCGGAUUGACCAUGACGAUGGUCAUCACCUCUGAAGCUUUCAUUUAUGGAAUUGAAACAGCUCCAAUGGGUUGUUGUUUUAACUUCCUUGGUACACACAUAAACAUUCCACUGAGCCAAAUUAGGUCUGCCAACAGAACUAAUCCAAAGUGCCCCAAGCCGGCUAUUGUUGCUACAACAGUUUUGGACAAAGACUUCUGUGUGAAACCUACCUCCAAGUUUGGGAUAAGACUUGUUAAAAGAGUGAUCAAAGCAUGAUUGACAUGUAGGCUACCAUUUACUGUGUCAUGUUCUGUUUUUGAAGAGCCCUUUAGACCAGCAUUGAAAUUAAAAGCAAGAACUUCUUUUGUUUGUUUUUGUCUAUGGAUUCUUGUACAUAUAAAAAUAAAUGAUUUAUCAGCAUGCA